GCUAAAAAGUUUAAGGUUAGUUUCAAUUGAGAAAUCAAUGAUCAUCUCCAGAAAAUUAAGUUUUUUUUCGAUCUAUAUAGAUGAUACUAUAUAAGGAAAUCAAUUAUCAAGAAGCUCAAGAAAUUCAAGAUUCUUAAGAUAAAAGUGAAACCUAAAACAAAAGAAAAGUAGAAAACCCAAAAUCAUGGUCGUGAACUGUGAUUCAUUUAACCAAUGGUUUAACCGGGGGUAAUCAUUCUAAAAUGAAAAGAUCAUCAUCAUCAAUCACUAAAAUUUGCAGGUAAUAAUUAUAGGUACCUUCCAGUUAAACUAUCUCUACUUUCUCUCUGUCAUAGGCUUCAAAAUCUCUGUUCAAGUUACAACUCAAUACUUAUUAGACUCGUAUUGUUCACCGGGAAAUUACAAAGACAAUAGCCCGUUUGAGAAAAACCUCCAUAAGACUCUGGCUCUGCUUUCAUCCAACAUCAAACCCAAUAAAACAUUAUAUAAUAACAGUAUAGGUCAAAGCUUAGAUAGAGUUUAUGGUAUGUUACUCUGUACAGGAGGCCUUACAGAUGAAGAUUGUAAACGUUGUGCUGAUAUUUCAACUAGAGACGCCACUCAAUAUUGUCCAAACGGUAAAGAAUAUAUUGCAUGGUAUAAUGAUUGUAUGUUAAGAUACUCAAACAGAUCAAUCUUCUCUGUCAUGGAACUGGAGCCAACUAUAUAUCUUCCAACCACAAGCUAUAGAGUAAACACUGGAUUUAAUGAGUUAAUAAACGAAUUAACAAAUAACCUUGUAGCAAGAGCUUCAUCUAAUGGCACUGGUGCUUCUUCUAGUAUAAAGUUUGCAAAGGGAGAUGUAAAUUAUACAGGUCUAAAAUUUCAAGGGUUAGUUCAAUGUACUCCAGAUCUAUCAGGAAGUGACUGUAAUAGAUGCUUAUCAAAUGCACUUGCUGGUCGUCGUUAUCCGAAUAUGUUUUUGACACUAGGUCGGGGAGUUCUUAAACCCAGUUGUUAUGUGAGGUUUGAGAAUUCAAUUACAACUGAUAACGGGAUAAACAAGCCUGUUUUUAUUGUAGUCCCGAUUGUUUCACUAGUUGCAGUUAUACUCAUCUUGGUCAUCAUCAUUUACUUCUGCAAACGGAAAUGGAGAAUAAAGGAGAAAUUUUAUGCAAAGACAGUGGAUGGUACUUUGGCGGCAUUUACAUACCGAGAGUUACAGAUUUCGACGAAUGACUUUUCGCAGAAGUUGGGUGGUGGUGGUUUUGGUUCUGUCUUCAAAGGGGUUUUACCCGACUCAAGUGACAUAGCUGUAAAGAAACUUGAAGGUGUCAGUCAAGGUGACAAGCAAUUUCGUUCAGAGGUGAUCACUAUCGGUAUAAUUCAGCAUGUAAAUCUUGUUCAAUUACGUGGAUUUUGCUCUGAAGGAGCAGAAAAGUUACUGGUUUAUGAUUUCAUGCCAAAUGGAUCAUUGGAUUCUCACCUUUUCCAUCAGAAGAGUGCUGAGGUUUUAGAUUGGAAGACUAGAUAUCAAAUAGCACUAGGAACUGCACGAGGAUUGGCUUAUCUCCAUGAAAAAUGCAGGGAUUGUAUCAUACAUUGUGAUAUUAAGCCUGAAAAUAUCCUUUUGGAUGCUGAUUACUGUCCAAAAGUAGCAGAUUUCGGUCUGGCAAAACUUUUUGGUCGAGGAUUCAGUCAGGUUCUAACCACCAUGAGGGGAACUAGAGGCUACCUUGCACCAGAAUGGAUUUCAGGAGUGGCCAUAACUCCAAAAGCCGAUGUCUACAGCUAUGGUAAGAUGCUGUUUGAAAUGAUCUCGGGGAAGAGGAACACAGGCCAUAUCAGUAAUGAUGAUAAGAUUAGCUAUUUUCCUGCUUGGGCAGCAACCAAAAUGAACGAAGGCGACGAUAUCAUUUUCCUAGUGGAUAACAGGUUGGAAGGUAAUGCUGAUACCCUAGAGCUGACAAGGGCUUGUAGAGUUGCUUGUUGGUGCAUUCAAGAUGAUGAAACUCAUAGGCCUUCCAUGGGUCAGGUAGUUCAGGUACUUGAAGGGAUUUUGGAGGUGAACCGGCCUCCUACUCCAAAGUCACUUCACUUGCUUGUGGGAAACCAGGAUAAUAUGUUUUCUUUCUUAGACUCCUCAAAUGACAGUUCAGAAGCACGAGUCUACACGACAUCAUCAAUGUCAUAUUGAAUGUUACAUAUUUUUUUAUUUGGUUAUUAAUAUUGGUGUAAUUUACUCAUUCAUUCAGAUACUUCACAUAGUUCAAGUUCAGUAAUAGAUUAUUACUGUCAAGUGCACUUGCUGGAAUUGAAAAUUUGAAGUUGAUUUCUGUG